CGCAGUGCCCUCCGCGGGCCCGGCUCUAGGCGGGCCGGAGGAUGAGCCAGCAGCCGGCGGGGAAGAUGUCGGCGGCUCCCCUGGCGGCCGAGGCGCUGGAGCCGGCGGCGGGGAUGCUCGAGGGCCGCCAGAGGAAGCUGGAGUCCAUGAUCCGCGACCCGCGCUCCCCGGUCAACGUGGAGAGCCUGCUGGAUGGCUUGAAUUCUUUGGUCCUUGAUUUGGAUUAUCCAGCGCUGAGGAAGAACAAGAACAUUGAUAAUUUUUUAAAUAGAUAUGAAAAGAUUGUGGAAAAAAUCCGAGCUUUACAGAUGAAAGCUGAAGACUAUGAUGUUGUUAAGGUGAUUGGAAGAGGGGCUUUUGGAGAAGUGCAGCUGGUUCGCCAUAAAAUGACACAGAAGGUUUAUGCAAUGAAACUCCUUAGUAAAUUUGAAAUGAUCAAGAGAUCAGAUUCAGCCUUUUUCUGGGAAGAAAGAGAUAUCAUGGCCUUUGCCAACAGCCCGUGGGUGGUUCAGCUAUUUUGUGCCUUUCAAGAUGACAAAUAUUUGUACAUGGUAAUGGAAUACAUGCCAGGUGGAGAUCUUGUAAACCUUAUGAGCAAUUACGAUGUGCCUGAGAAAUGGGCCAAGUUCUACACAGCUGAAGUUGUUCUUGCUCUUGAUGCAAUUCACUCCAUGGGCUUGAUACACAGAGAUGUGAAGCCUGACAAUAUGCUUUUAGAUAAGUAUGGGCAUCUGAAGCUGGCAGAUUUUGGCACUUGCAUGAAAAUGGAUGAAACAGGAAUGGUGCGUUGCGACACGGCCGUGGGGACUCCCGACUACAUCUCGCCCGAAGUCCUGAAAUCGCAGGGGGGUGAUGGCUACUAUGGACGGGAAUGUGACUGGUGGUCUGUAGGGGUUUUCCUUUUUGAGAUGUUAGUUGGCGAUACUCCUUUUUAUGCAGACUCACUAGUAGGAACAUACAGUAAAAUUAUGGAUCAUAAGAACUCAUUGCAUUUCCCUGAUGAUGUGGAAAUCUCUAAGCAUGCAAAGAACCUUAUCUGUGCCUUUUUAACUGAUAGGGAUGUGCGACUUGGGAGAAAUGGAGUUGAAGAAAUAAAGCAUCACCCUUUCUUCAGAAGUGAUCAGUGGAACUGGGACAACAUUCGAGAGACUGCUGCUCCUGUUGUUCCUGAGCUUAGCAGUGAUAUAGAUAGCAGUAAUUUUGAUGACAUUGAGGAUGACAAGGGAGACGUGGAAACCUUUCCAAUCCCCAAAGCCUUCGUGGGAAACCAGCUGCCUUUCAUAGGAUUUACCUAUUACAGAGACAAUUUGUUGCUAAGUGACUCCUCUCAGUCUUGCAGAGAAAAUGAAUCUGUGCAAUCUAGUAAAAAUGAGGACAGCAAAGAGAAAAUGCUAUCCAAAAACAUCUGCACCAGUGGAAAGUCUCUGGCUACAGAGCACAGCAAAGGGCCGUUUCAGAAAAAACUAAGCAAGCUAGAAGAACAGCUCAGUAAUGAAUUACAAGCCAAAGAUGAACUAGAACAGAAGUACAGGUCUACAAGUGUUCGUUUAGAGAAGAUAGCAAAAGAGCUCGAUGAAGAGAUAACUUCAAGGAAGAAUGUAGAGUCUGCAGUCAGACAGUUAGAGAGAGAGAAGGCUCUUCUUCAGCAUAAGAAUACGGAAUACCAGAGGAAAGCAGAACAUGAAGCAGAUAAGAAACGCAAUUUGGAAAAUGAGGUUAACAGUUUGAAAGACCAACUUGAAGAUUUAAAAAAGAGGAAUCAGAACUCUCAAAUAUCCAAUGAAAAAAUCAAUCAAUUACAAAGACAGUUGGAUGAAGCCAAUUCUUUGCUGCGGUCAGAGUCUGAUACUGCAGCCAGGUUAAGGAAGAACCAGACAGAAAGCACAAAGCAAAUCCAGCAGCUGGAAAUUAAUAAUAGAGAACUACAAGAUAAGAACUGCCUGCUAGAGAAUGCAAAACUCAAACUGGAGAAGGAGUAUCUCAAUCUUCAGUCAGCUCUAGAAUCAGAAAGGAGAGACCGAAGUCAUGGAUCAGAGAUGAUCAGUGAUUUACAAGGUCGAAUAUCUAGCCUUGAAGAAGAAGUGAAAAAUGGAAAGAGUGCAUUAGCCAAACUGGAAAUGGAGAAAAGACAAUUGCAGGAAAAGCUCACAGAUUUAGAAAAGGAAAAAAGCAACAUGGAAAUAGAUAUGACAUAUAAAUUUAAAGUUAUGCAGCAGAACCUUGAACAAGAAGAAGCUGAACAUAAAGCCACAAAAGCACGAUUAGCAGACAAAAAUAAGAUCUAUGAGUCUAUAGAGGAAGCAAAAUCUGAAGCCAUGAAAGAAAUGGAAAAGAAACUUUUGGAAGAGAGAGCUUUAAAGCAGAAAGUAGAAAAUCGGCUGUUGGAAGCUGAGAAGCAGCGCUCCAUGUUAGACUGUGAUCUCAAACAAUCCCAACAGAAAAUAAAUGAGCUCCUUCGACAGAAGGAUCUACUGAGUGAAGAUGUAAAAAACUUGACGUUAAAAAUAGAGCAAGAAACGCAAAAGCGCUGUCUCACUCAAAAUGACCUCAAGAUGCAAACACAGCAGGUCAACACCUUGAGAAUGUCAGAGAAGCAGUUAAAGCAGGAGAACAACCACCUUCAGGAAAUCAAAUUAAGUCUGGAAAAACAAAACAACGAACUCCGCAAGGAACGUCAAGAUGCAGAUGGACAAAUGAAAGAGCUUCAAGACCAGCUCGAAGCUGAACAAUAUUUCUCAACUCUCUAUAAGACACAAGUUCGAGAACUUAAAGAAGAAUGUGAGGAAAAGACCAAAAUUUGUAAAGAAAUGCAGCAAAAGAUGCAAGAAUUACAGGAUGAGAGAGAUUCUUUGGCUGCUCAGCUAGAGAUUACUUUGACAAAAGCAGAUUCAGAACAACUUGCCCGUUCCAUUGCUGAAGAACAGUACUCUGAUUUGGAAAAAGAGAAGAUUAUGAAAGAGCUGGAGAUUAAAGAGAUGAUGGCGAGGCAUAAACAAGAACUUACUGAGAAAGAUGCCACCAUAGCCUCAUUGGAAGAAGCAAAUAGGACACUAACUAGUGAUGUGGCUAACCUUGCUAAUGAGAAAGAAGAGCUAAACAAUAAACUGAAGGAAGCACAAGAACAAAUUACAAAACUUAAAGAAGAAGAAGCAAAUGUAGGAAAUAUUAAAGCACAAUUUGAGAAACAGUUGUUGAAUGAAAGAACAUUAAAAACCCAGGCUGUGAAUAAAUUGGCUGAAAUCAUGAAUCGGAAGGGUCCAGUCAAACGUGGAGCUGACACUGAUGUACGGCGGAAGGAAAAGGAAAAUAGGAAGCUGCAUAUGGAACUGAAGUCUGAACGAGAAAAGUUAACCCAGAUGAUGAUCAAAUAUCAGAAGGAAAUAAAUGAAAUGCAGGCACAAAUAGCAGAAGAGAGUCAGAUACGAAUUGAACUGCAGAUGACUCUGGACAGCAAAGACAGUGACAUUGAACAGCUUCGUUCCCAGCUGCAGUCACUGCACAUUGGGCUGGACAACAGUAGCAUAGGCAGUGGACCGGGAGAGGCUGAGGCAGAUGAUGGAUUCCCUGAAUCAAGAUUGGAAGGCUGGCUAUCAAUGCCUGUUAGAAAUAACACUAAAAAAUUUGGAUGGGUUAAAAAGUAUGUAAUUGUAAGCAGCAAGAAGAUCCUGUUCUAUGACAGCGAACAAGAUAAAGAACAGUCUAAUCCCCAUAUGGUAUUGGAUAUAGACAAGCUCUUCCAUGUCCGACCAGUCACUCAGACUGAUGUGUACAGAGCAGAUUCCAAGGAAAUUCCUAGGAUAUUCCAGAUCCUAUAUGCUAAUGAAGGAGAGAGCAAAAAGGAACAGGAAUUUCCUGUGGAGCCCAUGGGAGAGAAGUCAAAUUACAUUUGUCACAAAGGACAUGAGUUCAUACCUACUCUUUACCACUUCCCAACGAAUUGUGAAGCUUGUAUGAAGCCCCUGUGGCACAUGUUCAAACCUCCUCCUGCUCUGGAAUGUCGCCGCUGCCAUAUCAAAUGUCACAAAGACCACAUGGAUAAAAAGGAAGAGAUUAUAGCACCUUGCAAAGUGUACUAUGAUAUUUCUACGGCAAAGAAUCUACUACUGUUAGCUAAUUCUACGGAAGAACAGCAAAAAUGGGUGAGCCGACUGGUGAAAAAAAUACCCAAGAAGCCUCCAGCACCAGAUCCCUUUGCUCGAUCUUCGCCCAGAACUUCCAUGAAGGUACAGCCGAACCAGUCCAUCAGACGACCAAGUCGACAGCUCCCUCCAAACAAACCAAGAUUACUUGAUCUGGCAUUUAAGGACUGGGAUUGGUCCUUUGAUGAUGUUGAUGAUAUUGAUGGUGAUGAUGAUGAUGAUGACGAUGUUUUUGAUUUCUGAAGAAGUAUAAGGGCUAACUGCUUUCCGUGAAUGCAGACACAGUCAAGGUGAUAAUUUUCUUCCCAUUACAGCAAGACUGAAACAUAUCCCAAAAUAUAUUAAAAAUAUAUAUUUUCCUGAGAGAUUGUGCUAUAUAUAUCAGAGGUUUACAUUUUUGCUGCAAUAUAAAUUACUAAUCUCUAAGGGUUUUCCUGUAUUCUCCCAAGUGACUGAUCAGUUGAGGAAUGGUUGGUAAAUAGUCAAAGGAUAUGUUAGGUAACCUUUUAAACUCUGUUCCACAAAAGCUUUCUUGGCAAGACACAUACACUACAUUUCAUAAAAGGAUCAAGAGGAAUGAGUAUUGAAAUGGAAGAAACUGACUUUUCAGCUUUCAUAAAGAUGCCACCAGCACGUCUACAAGUAGAACCUGAGGAAGAUCCACCAUAGUGAUAUAGACUGCAUUUGUGAGAAGUGACCAUUAAACUGUGUAUAUAUAUUGUACUGUAAUACUGCAAGAGGGGUUUAAAAAUCUUUCCACUUUAUUUUUUUAUGCUUAUUAAUCAGAUACCGUUACUUAUUGCAGUUGCAACUAUGCACUUGUAUAAAGCCAUAAUGUUGAAGUUUAUAUCAUUCACACACAUCUGUCAGAAGCUGCAUGUCAGUGUUCAGCAGCUAGUAUAGGUUUGAAGUAUAUACUAGUUUCAGCUACAUCAUCAUGGGCAAUCCCCUUUUACCUGUCUAAUUGCCUUAAUUUAAAUUUUUUUCAAGGUUUUUUUGCCCAUUCUUUCUGUUUAAGGAGAAAGAAAGUUUACCAGCUCUUAGGAUGCAGUUUUGCUUUGUGGCAGAAAAAAUAGUGCACUAUUUUUACACCUAUUAAGUAUAUCAGUGUCAACCUAUUUUGAAUGUAUAUCAACUGGUUUUAAGGGUGGAGAAGUGUUGGUUACAGAAACAAUGUCUGAGAGCAUGGGAUUUACCAGACCAUUUGCUUGUACAUGUAACUGCUCAUCCAGCCCUUUUUACAAACCUCAAUACUAGUUAUUGACUUAUAUUAACCCUCAUUAAGUGCUAUGAAACUUCAUUUUGCCUUGUUUUUUACAUACUCUCCUAGAUGUGUUUUGUUGGUUUUUUUUUGUUUUGUUUUGUUUUGUUUUUUUCUGGAAAAUAAAAGAAUCUGUGACUGUUUUUACAUUUCACAACACAAUAUCUGAGGACUGUCACAAACUUUAAGAAAAGUGAAACAUACUGUAGAUGUAUUUUAAAGUUUUAAUCUGGUUCUCUAGCACAUAGCUGUAGGUAUAGGUAAAUAAUUCAGUAGUGUGUUUUGAGAACUGAUAGCUGGGAAGAAAGGGCCUCAGAGGCACUUAUUCUGACUUUUUUUUUUUAACUUGGAGUUGUACAAAAAAUAUAAUAUAUAUGGGCUCAUUCAUGAUGUGUUCAUAAUUAUCCCAGAAAAUGCAUGUUUUAUACAACUACAGUAUGUGAUGUUAAACAUAUUGACAGUAAAAAAUGUAGUCUCCUAUUUGGUCUCUUUAGAUAUAUAUAUAAAUAUAUAUAUAUAUUUAGAAUAUAUAUAUAUAUAAAAAAUAUUGUGUGGGAGUGCAGUAAUUUAAAAUAUGAUCUAACACUUCAAUGAAGGAGGACAUUUCACUUUAAAAUUUUGUUUGUUUGUUUUUGUUUUUUAAAGAGUGUUGAAAUGUUGGAAGGAUAGGACCAUGUUUUAUUUAACACUAUCAUGAAAGGUGGACUUGGAAACACUGAAAUACUGAAAAUUAGUAAAUAUAUUUACAUUUUGUAACCUCUACUGCAGUUCAGCUUAACAAAGCAAGAAUGUAUUUAGUCUUCUAUUUAUGUGCUCACAAAGUAAAAUGUUCUUUGUGAGUUCUUAAAUUCAAAACUAAAACUAUCAUGUCAUUUCUGUUAGGUAUUGUAACCCAGAGCACAACUACAGUGGUUUUUCCCUGCUUGUUUUGAUUUACAGAAGUACGGUAUAUUUUUAGAUAAUGCAGAUUUGCAUAGAGUACAACAUUAAAAAUGUAUACAGUAAAACUGUUUCCAUUCACUGAAUGCAUAAAUAUUUUAUAUAUAUAUAAAAAAAUGUUACAUUGUGGGAAGUUCUAUCCUUUUCUGAAUUGGAGAAUAUUAUAUAUAUAUAUAUAUUUUUAAAUAAACUAUUUGAGUAAGGUAAAAUAGUUCCUGAACUUGAGAAGCUGGUAAUUAAUUGAAAUAUUAAAAUAUAAUGAUAAGUACUGCAGCAGAUCUGGAAAGGGUGAGGGCUGCUCCAAAGACAGUCCAGCAAAGCCUGUUUGUACAGAGGAAGAGCAGACUCUGAGGGAGCUGUUUGGCAGCUCCUCCUCUGCUGGGGCUGGAUCUUUUGCACUUUCUCUCGCUGGUUUGCCCUCAUUUUCUGCGAAUCCACAGGGCCCUGCUAAACCUGGCAUUUUAGGAAAUGUACUAUAUUAUAGUAUUUGCUAGCCACAGUGUAUAAAUUCCAUGCUUGUACAAGUUAGCUGUUGGUACAGCAGGCUGCACUGAGAUGCAGUCGUGGAGCAGGACGGGCCUCGGGCAGCGCUGGGCUCCUGUGCUCUGACCUCUGCUCAGAGCAGAGCUACCCUGGCACAGCUUCCUCGGGGCCGGUGCUCGGAGGUGCACCAACCUCGCUUUGUACCCAGGACACAAAAAGCAGAGCUGCUCUUCUGUCCUUCUCCCUUAUCCUGCUGUGAAAUGCAAACACCUCUUUAAUGCUAGUUCCUGGAGUUUGUGUUGUUUCCUUAUUGUCUAGUGGUGACCUUUUAAUAUUAUUGAGAGAAGGGCAUGUUCAUGAACUAAGGAGUAUUUGUCUUGAAAGUCACUGAUGUUACAAUAUUUUCUUUUUGUUACAGGCUUGUCCUAAGUAAACAGAACGUUUUUAUGGCCUGAAUGACUUACUUAUAGAAAAUUCUCUCAUUGCAAGUCCUUAGUAAACAAAUGGUAUAGCCAAGCUGCAUAUUAUUCUUCUGGAAAAACCAGAGGUCAAACUUGGAGCCAGAAGCUCAAGGCACUUGUUCGAAAGUUGCUCCUUAGUUCCCAAUCCAAGAGCUCACCAGUACAGAAAGACAGGCAGACCCCAUUGGAAUUACCUUGUCAGGUAUCAGAAAGACCUUUCUGCAAGAUUUCCACUUCUGUCCUAGUUGUGUGCUGCAAUUCCCUACCACUUUUGGUCCCUGCCAAAGUGCAGCCCCCCCACCGCAGCACUGCCAGCAAUUCAGCACCGAAUCUGCUUUUAACUAGAGGAAAGCUGUGGUGGUUCUCGUGCUUCUGAGCAUGGCUGAUGCUGUAACCAAAAACAUGUCAUAGCAUCACAGUAGGAUGUAGGACUUGGAAACAUGCGAGGCUCAAGGAUUUUAGCAGUGAUAGGGACCAAAUUUAAAACAUCACUGAAAUUUUGCUGCAGGUGUCUAAAUCUCUUACUGCGUCUUGAAAACACUGAACCACCUACUUUUUGACAGGCAUUCAGUGGCUCUCUGAAGGCACCAAGGCCAGGAAAGCUGCCACUGAAAUUAUGUGCUUUUUCUCUUUAGUUUCUUUUUUGUUUCUAAUGUCAAGCAAUCAUUAGAAAUGUGAGACUUUCUGUGUGUAAUCUUACAAUGUAUUAGUUUCCCAUCUAGCUUUGAGAGAAACAUCCUUAGAAGAGAAUUAUAUAUUUUGUUCCCAAGUGCCUUUACCCAUCCUGUACUUGUGAGGUUGUAUUUGGGAUGCUGCUGUGAAAAGAGGGAACUUACAUGAAAACAAACUUCUUACCUGCAUUGCUUGUACAAACCCUUAAUCACCUUCUUAUUCUGUUUUUGAGGCAGAAGAGCAAACAGUACAAGGUCCAGUUCAGUGAACUGGAGUAUUUCAGUCUCUUCCACCUUCCUGGAUAGUUUGCCUUGACAUUCAUGUUAAAAUAAUGAUUUAUUUUUUCAUGUAAUCAUAGAAUAUAUCAAGUUGGAAGGGACCUAUAAGGAUCAUCGAGUCCAACUCUCUGCUCCUCACAGAACUACCUAAAAUUAAACCAUAUGAAUAAAAGCAUGAUCUAGAC